CGGCCGCUCCCUCGCCAAGUGUUUCCACUCCACCGUCCCGCCUUCCUCGUCAGGACCAACCCCUUCCCUCCGCCCUUUUCCCCCCGGAAGAAAGUUCCAAUCUUGCGCCUCCCCGCCCUGUGACAGGCGCUGUGACAGUGAGCCGCCCGGGCCGGCUUUCCCCCUCACUCCCCGGCCGGCUUGGCCUCGGGCCCCGAGGGACCCACGGCAGUCGUGGGGAGAUGAGGACCCUUUUAGAGGAGAGGUGGAGCAGGACCGGCCGUCGAAAGGCCCCGCUUGGAGCUCCGUCGGCCAAUGGGUACAGAGGCGGCACAAGCCGAGACCUGCAAAAUGAGGCAGCUCGGGAGAGGAUGGUCAUGGAUUUGGGGAGAUAACCGGGAGGCUGCCGGCGAUGUCCCCACCCCGGGGCCCGAUGUGGAAAGGCUUGGUCCAAGGAGACUUUUUCUGAGAAAUUCCAUUGCCCGAUCACACUCAAGUGAUUGUACUCAUCGCAUCAGCCAGAUGAGCCGCAACCUAAAGACAUGGGAAUGUUUUGGUUCCCCAGCGGAGCUGUGCUGUCUGUGAAGUAAAGAACAGUUGAAAAGGAGAUUGUUCCGAGAGAGCGUGUUUACCCCAAGCUGGUCCUGUUAACAAUAGCUUCUUUAGAAUAAAAGACUUUCAGAAGAUUGUAUUUAUGCUGAAAGGAAACUGGCCUAACAAUGAGGCCAAAGACUUUUCCUGCAACAACUUACUCUGGAAACAGCAGGCAAAGAUUGCAGCACAUCCGCGAAGGGUUGAAGCAGCCUCCCAAACCGGCCGGGCCUGGGGUCCCCGCCGGCUCCAGCAGUGACCCGUCCCUGGCCUCCAAAAGCUUGGGAGGGAAGGACGCUGCGAGGCAGCAGCAGCAGCAGCAGCAACAGCAGCAGCAGCAGCUGAGACCCACCGCCAAGUUUGGGCCUUACCAGAAAGCCCUGAGGGAGAUCCGGUACUCCCUGCUGCCUUUCGCCAACGAAUCGGGCUCGUCGGCUGCACCGGACGUGAACCGGCAGAUGCUGCAGGAGCUGGUGAACGCCGGCUGCGAUCAGGAGAUGGCGAUGAGGGCGUUGAAGCAGACUGGCAGCAGGGGCAUCGAGGCGGCUCUGGAGUUCAUCAGCAAAAUGGGUUACUUAGACCCAAGAAAUGAACAGAUCGUCAGAGUCAUUAAGCAGACCUCCCCAGGGAAAGGAGCCGUGCCAAAUCCCGUAGCCCGCAGGCCGAGCUUCGAAGCGGCUAACGAAUCUUUCCCUCCCUACCACCAACUUGGCAGUGCAGUCUACGAUCGGGGUGGCUUCGGCGUGGACAGCGCGAGCCUGCUGGGCGACGGGCCCCGGCAGUACGUGGACUACCUGUUGGCGCCUCCCCAGCGGCUGCCCGGCGUCGGCCCCCACGGCGCGGCCGGCGGCCACCCGCACCAGCCCAAGGCCUACCCCGCCAGCCUGGAGCCCCCGCUGAUCAACUACCCGGUGGGCGGCCACGGAGGCCAGCCCCUCCCGCUCCCGGCCCCUCACGGCUCUGGUAGCACUCACUACGGCAGGCCGCUACUAGUGGUGCCGGGAGAAACCCUGGGUUAUGGCAUCCAGCGCAGUCCAUCCUUCCAAAGCAAGAUGCCGCCCCCGCCACUGCAGGAGGGCGGCUACGGCAACCUCUCGGGCAAAGGCCCAGGGGCUCCAGGUGGACCCGGCCACGCCUUCCAGCAGGCAGCGGGCACAGGCCCGGGGGUGGGGGCAGGCGGCCUGUACGGCUCUCACCCUCACCACAAACAGACCAGCCCGUCGGCACACCCGGUGCACGUGAUGGGCGGCCGGGGCCCAGCGUUCCCCAGCGACUUCGCUGAGAGCCCCCCGGCGAGCCUGCUUGCCCCAUCGCGCAACAGCCUGAACCUAGAUGGGUAUGAGCUGGGGGGUGCGGGCGGGCCGCCGUGGCCUCCAUCCACUCUGUCCCGGCGUGACUCCCUGCAAAGCCCGGGGCUGGAGGCCUCCCCGCGCCAGCAUGUAGGCUUGCGGGCCGACGGCACCGGGCCCAGCAGGACCAACUCUUUCAACGGCCACCAGCCGGCAUCUGUGUCCCUGCGGGCCGGGGCCCCGGGCAAGAACGACCCCACCCUCUCCUCCCCCAACACCAUCACGGCCGUGACAGCGGCUCACAUCCUCCACCCGGUCAAGAGCGUGAGGGUGCUGAGGCCAGAGCCACAGACGGCCGUCGGGCCCUCCCACCCCGCCUGGCUGCCGGCCCAGUCCCCCGGGGCCGAGGGGUUGGACGCGAUGGAACCGCACGGCCCACCCCUGGGUGGCCCGGGCACCUACCCUAUGGACGCUGACUUUGGUGCUCAGGAGCUGCGCUGGCCACCCCCUCCCUAUCCCAAGCAUCUGCGGCUCCCGAACAACGCCGAGCCUCUGGAUGUGGACGGCCUCUGCGCUGGCGUGGAGCAGAGUCUGAGGGGGGUGCCCGGCCCGGCCGAGGACAGUUGCGACAGGGGCAGCAAGAGCGCCAAGGGGGAGAAGGCGGGGAAGGACAAGAAGCAGAUCCAGACGUCACCGGUGCCCGUGCGGAAGAGCGGGCGGGACGAAGAAAAGAGGGAAUCUCGGAUCAAGACGUACUCGCCUUUCGCCUUCAAGUUCUACAUGGAACAGCACGUCGAGAACGUCCUGAAAACCUACCAGCAGAAAGUCCAUCGGAGACUGCAGCUGGAGCAAGAAAUGGCCAAAGCCGGGCUCUGUGAAGCGGAACAGGAGCAGAUGCGGAAGAUCCUCUACCAGAAGGAGUCCAACUAUAACCGGCUGAAGAGGGCUAAGAUGGACAAGUCCAUGUUUGUGAAGAUCAAGACCCUGGGCAUUGGGGCCUUCGGGGAGGUAUGCCUGGCCUGCAAGGUGGACACGCACGCCCUGUACGCCAUGAAGACCCUGCGCAAGAAGGACGUCCUGAACCGCAACCAGGUGGCCCAUGUCAAGGCGGAGAGGGACAUCCUGGCAGAGGCCGACAAUGAGUGGGUCGUCAAGCUCUACUACUCCUUCCAGGACAAAGAGAGCCUGUACUUUGUGAUGGAUUACAUCCCCGGCGGGGACAUGAUGAGCCUCUUGAUCCGCCUGGAGGUGUUCCCCGAGCACCUGGCCCGCUUCUACAUAGCCGAGCUGACCCUAGCCAUCGAGAGCGUCCACAAGAUGGGCUUCAUCCACCGAGACAUCAAGCCGGACAACAUCCUGAUUGAUCUGGACGGGCACAUCAAGCUCACCGACUUUGGACUCUGCACGGGCUUCCGGUGGACACACAACUCCAAAUACUACCAGAAAGGGAGACAUGCCCGGCAGGACAGCAUGGAGCCCGGAGGGCUGUGGGACGACGUGUCAAAUUGUAGGUGUGGAGACAGGCUGAAGACCCUGGAGCAGCGAGCCGAGAAGCAGCACCAACGGUGCCUGGCCCAUUCCCUCGUGGGGACGCCCAAUUACAUCGCCCCCGAGGUCCUUCUGCGGAAAGGGUACACUCAGCUCUGUGACUGGUGGAGUGUUGGUGUGAUUCUUUUCGAGAUGUUGGUGGGGCAGCCACCCUUUCUGGCCCCCACCCCCACAGAAACCCAGCUGAAGGUGAUCAACUGGGAGAGCACCCUCCACAUCCCGGCUCAGGUCCAGCUGAGCCCGGAGGCCAGCGAUCUCAUCGCCAAGCUGUGCUGUGCGGCGGAGGCGCGGCUGGGCGGCAACGGCGCCGACGACAUCAAGGCUCACCCGUUCUUCGGCGCCAUGGACUUCUCCGGGGACCUCCGCAGGCAGCCCGCGCCCUACAUCCCCAAGGUGAGCCACCCGAUGGACACCUCCAAUUUCGACCCCGUGGAUGAGGAAGGCCCCUGGGACGACGCCAGCGGCGACAGUACCCGGGCCUGGGACACGCUGGCCGCCGCCAACAGCAAGCACCCCGAGCACGCCUUCUACGAGUUCACUUUCCGGAGGUUCUUCGAUGACAACGGGUACCCGUUCCGGUGCCCGAAGCCUUUGGGGGGUGAAGCUGCCCCAUCUGAGGACUUGGAUCCGAACCCCAGAGAAAACGCCAGAGCGGUGGGGGAACCGGCUGGGGGAUGUCAGCCUGUCUAUGUGUGAUGGGAGAACGGUGGUGGAACCCCCGACCCCCACCCCCAUCCUGGGGCCGGGGCGAGGUCAUCCUGUCUGUGGGAACACGAUCAUGGAGCUCACGGCCCACCCCACUCUGUGGCCCUUUUAGACCCCUGAAGGCCCUGAGCCGAGCCCUCCCCAAGCUCCCUCAGGGCCCCAGUCCGUCUCGGCAAACGUGAGUCCAUCGACGGAGACGCUUGAAAUCCUGGCCUUCACCGAAAAACGGUCUUCCUGCCCAGCAGAUUUCAUUCCUCACUCCGGUCUGUGUAUGAGCAGACCCCGCCCCCAUCCCUCGAACACGCGACCGAAGGCCUCGCAGCCUAUCAUUAGACAGGUUUUUAGAUAGAGUACCGUCUUGAAAGAGCACUUAUAUUUUGUUUCUAUCAGUUUGUUUCCUACUAAAUGAUAGGGAUUAACUCUGACAAAUCAUGCUGCUGUUCUCUUUCUCCAUUUAUAUUUUAUCCCAAGCACUUACUUCCCGUCUAGGAAAAGGCAUGAAAACGGGAGAGCGUGUGAUGGGAGGAGUCUCUGUGCAAUAAUGUAAAAAAGGAAGAGAGAUCACCCUCUGCUCCUCGUGUUGCCAACGCCCGUGUGUUCACACUCGGGUGUGUGUAUGAGACGUUUUGUUUUUUCCACUUUUCGAACUCCUGAUAUGACCGUAAAGCUGCUGUGGUUUUCUGUUUGCCAAUUGGAGCGGAGGAGAGUGGGUGAGGAGGGGAUGACGCGGGAGUGACGUGGCAUCUCUGGUGUGGGAGGAAUGUUAUGUGAGCAGGGUUUUUCGAUUUGAAAUGACCAUAUCUUGCCCAACACAGGCUGGUCCUGUGAGUCUGUUGUGGCUGAGCGUCCAUAGCUGCGGCGCUCUCCAGCGUCGCCCGGUAGGAUCGUGCCGGCGACUUCCCUCUGAAGAUUGUAUCCCUUGUUGAGCUGUCCAACCCAACAAUUGUGUGUGUAUAACUGAGGACUGAUUUGAUGUCUCUUGAUGUGAUUGGAUCAUUUUUUGGGUCGGCUGUUUUACCACCUGCCAUACUCUGAAAUUGGGAUGCUUCCAAGUGAGAUAUCGUCAGUGUGAACCAAGGAAAUAUUGGAUCCCUUGCAAUUCUGUAUGGCCAGAGCAGGAGAGCAGUGGGUCUGGCCUUGCCUUACUGUCCCACACCUGCCUCUUUCCCCUCACCCCCGCCAACCUCCCCAUCUCCACACACACCUAGCCUGAGGAUUGGGGGGAAUAGUACCCCUUUCUUCAAGGAGCCGCGUAUAUGACCGAGUCGGGUGUCCUGGACCGCGACUGCCUCGACCCCGGGUCACUGCCUCCGAGAGAACUCCAACGUCGACUCCAAGCUGGGUUUAAACUACGUCUUUCUUCCCACUGUAAAAGUGAGGACUAUUCAAAGUGACAUCCGAGCCCUAAAAAUGAUUAAGCCAUAAAUAUUUGCAUAUAAAUAUAGGUGUAUAUAUAUUUAACAACAUAAACACACCAAGUAUUUCUUUAUCCAGAUUAGUGUAACUGUCCUGUUUAAAAUGAGUUAUAAUAUUUGAGUAAACUGUCCUUUGUUUUUUUUUGUUUGGGGGGGGGGUUUUGCUUUUUAAAAAAAAACCUGGCGCUUCAGGCAUAUUUUCCAUUACGUUAUUCCACGUAUUAUUCCUUAACGUUUGUAGCCUAUCGUAUCCAUUGUGUGGAGCAUUCGUGCCCGGCCACACCGGCAGGCUCCCCCGCCCCAGCCCAGCAGACGGUUCCUGCGAGCCUGUUUACAUUUGUGUGGCGACGGCGGGAGCGAGGGCCUGAGGGUCCUCAGCCCGCUGCGGGUGAGCCGUGGCAGACAGCGGAAGGUUCAGUAUUACUGCUUUUGUAGCCUGAUACCAUUUUUGUUAUUUACAUCUAGCCGACAUUCUUUCAUGUGGUAGGUUCUUUCUCAGGAACUCGAUUUAACUGUUAUUUAUUGAUGUAUCAUUGCCCCUGAAAGCUUCUACUGGCACAAUUUAUUAUUAAAACUUUGGAUCCCAAA